AUGGCUCGACAAGUCCCCACCUCCUUCCAAGAGCUCCAUGGUCUUCUCGCUGAUCAUGAUUUUAUGGUAAAGAAAAGUAUACCCGCGGUUGCACCCAUACAAGCCUUCGCUACCACCUCUUCCAUCCGCUCUACUCCUAUGACUACACCUCCGGAUGCACUACAGACUCUUCAACAACUUGCCUCUCAGCUGGGUUUUCAAAUUAAUCCAGCCCCCGCUUCAUCGCCUCAAGCCUUUUAUACCAACUGUCCUUCGUCUUCUCGAGGUCGCACUUUAAAUAACCGCCGUGGCCGAGGCAACUACACUCAACCAUCAGGAGGCACCCGCAAUAACCAAUUUCCUUGGGCAUCUUCACAAAACACGGUGUAUGGUACCUGCAACCGGUGUGGCAUCGGGCAUAUUCCUUCCCAAUGCCCUAACCGAGACCCGACCACUAUCCGCUCUCGCCAACAGCCAACUACGCUGUCAAUCGCUCUCAGUCUACCACAUGGCUUCCCGACACUGGUUCUAGCAAUCAUGUUUCUCAUGAUGUUUCCUCUCUUGACAGCCACCCACCCUACUUUGGUGAGGACUCGCUUCAUGUUGGCAAUGGACAAUACUACCAAAACUACCCUCCUCACGGGUCCAAGUAACAACGAGCUCUACUCCGUCAUCCUUUCGUCUCUUCAGAGUCUUCCUAAAGUUGCGUUCACUACCUUCAAGGCUUCAUCUGCUCCUCUCACCAUGGAUACUGGUGUCUUGACUCCACCUCUGACAAGGUUUACAUCUCCCACCAUGUUCGCUUUCAUGAAACCUAAACUUAUACCACAUAUACCCCCCACAUCCGACCCUUACAUCUCGAUGUAUCCUACUCCUACGAUACCCGACACAUCACCACCAAACAAUUCACCACCACCAGCCACUACACCGUCACCUCAACAAACCCCCAUCUCACCACCUACCGAGCCCCCUACAGUUCCGUUGGUGACAUCACCUACUACCCCCUUACGCGUGUAUUCUCGCCGCCGACCUACCGAUACUGCUCCGGACCCAAAAACCUUCUCGGUUCCAUCUGAGGCUUCCACUGAUGCCGCUACCACUCGGGUUCGACCUCCUUAG